AUGCUGGCCAUCGAGCAUCGCGCGCGGAGUUUCUUCCUUCGGUGUCGAGCCUCUGCACAUCGCGUUCCUCUCCCUCAACUUUCACCUCGUCCGACAUCGACCCUCCAGCGACGUGGACUGGCCGCCGUCGCUCAGCCCAAAGACACGACCGAGUCCAGAGCUCUCGCAAGAAAACCAUACUAUGUAACGUCUCCUAUAUUCUAUGUGAACUCGGCACCUCAUGUCGGACACCUCUAUACCCUCGUCCUGACGGACAUCCUCAAACGCUGGGCGGUCCUCUGCGGCGACGAAAAGGCCACGCUGCUCACAGGCACGGAUGAACAUGGCAUGAAGAUUCAGAAGGCGGCGCAAAAGGCCAAUACCGACGUCAAGCUGUUCUGCGACCACCAUUCUCAGCAGUUCAAGGCGCUGUGCGAUGCUGCCAACAUCAGCUAUGACCGUUUCAUCCGAACCACCGACCAAGACCACCAGGCGGCCGUCGAGCACUUUUGGAAGGAACUGAACCAUGCCGGCUACAUCUACGAGGCCAAGCACGAGGGUUGGUACUGCGUCAGCGACGAGACUUUCUAUCCCGAAAGCCAAGUUCGAAACAUCCUCGACCCUUCGACCGGCGAGACCAAGAUUGUUUCGAUCGAGACGGGAAAAGAGGUGGAAUGGACAUCGGAGACAAACUACCACUUCAGGUUGUCGGCCUUCCAGGAACCGCUGAUGAAAUUCUACUCGGCGAAUCCAAAGGCCAUUAUUCCCAAGCAACGGAUGGCGUUCAUCUUGAAGGAAAUCGAAAGUGGCUUGGACGAUUUGUCCAUUUCGCGGCCAACCUCGCGGCUGCAAUGGGGCAUUCGAGUGCCCGGCGAUGAGAGCCAGACAAUCUACGUGUGGCUCGAUGCCUUGAUCAACUACUUGACCAUGACCAAGUACCCAUACCACGAUCGGAACGACCCGAGCUGGCUCUGGCCUGCCGAUUGCCAGGUUAUUGGCAAAGAUAUCAUUCGCUUUCACACCAUAUAUUGGCCGGCGUUCCUCAUGGCCCUGGGGCUGCCGCUCCCUAAACGGUUCCUCACACAUGCUCACUGGACCAUGAAUAAUGCGAAGAUGUCAAAGUCGGCUGGAAACGGAGUCAACCCUUUCUUCGCCAUGGACCGCUAUGGCGUUGACAGCAUUAGAUUCUACAUGGCUUACAACGGUGGAAUUGUUGAUGAUGCCAUGUACGAGAACUCCAAGGUUGCAGAGACGUACAAACACAUUUUGAGGGACGGAUACGGAAAUCUCUUGCAUCGGGUGUUCAAGAGUAAGAAUUUCAACGUCCAAGAAGCCGUCAGGCUCGUCGGCGAGGAUCCGGCGGCCUUCUCGACAUUCCUCUCCCAGGAUAAAUUGGACGGUGCCAGCGAUGACAUGAGAUCACUCCACGAGGGCAUCAAACAGUUGUGCAGGCAGAUAACUUCGACUCGAACCAAUGUCAGGAAAUGGAUGGAUGAGCCAAACCCACGGAUUGCCGUCAGUCUCAUUACCGAGCUGAUCAGGAGUAUGAACAAGUUCUUCCACAACUCAACCCUGUGGAAGCGGAUCAAAUCGGAUGACACGGAUGAACGACGCAUCGCUCGGUACGGUCUCUAUGCGAGCGCUGAAGCGAUAAGGAUCAUCUCCAUCCUUCUGCAACCGUUUAUGCCCGACCGGAUGAAGUUUGCGCUGGACCUGAUGCAGGUCGAUGGAUCAAUGCGAACCUUUGCCCACGCGGAUAUAGGCGCGGACUUGGCCUAUGGCCCUCCCGCAGUAGAACCAGGCGUCAAAGGGUCGCCAGAAGUCAUCUUUCCGCUUCUGCUAUCGGCCAACUGA